GACAACGACUCGAACGUCAGAACACGACGUCCACUGCCAUGAGGAUCGCUCAAUUGCAGCGGCCAAUAGCGGCUGCUGCUUCUAGUGUGACUAGAACGACGGCAACGACUACGAUACGGCAAUUGAGGGAAUCGUUAGGCCAGUUAAGGAUAGGAGCCAGUAAUAUAGCAGUCGAAGGUCGAAGACAUGCUACGCAUCAGUCUCAGGGAUCGUACAGGCUGAAAGACACCAGCACACUUCCGAAGAAGCUCGGUGCAAAGAAGAGUGGCGACUCCUACGUAAUCCCCGGCAACAUUAUCUACAAGCAACGAGGCACGAUAUGGUUUCCAGGCGAAAACUGCGGCAUGGGCCGGGACCACACGAUCUUCGCCCUCGCCACAGGAUACGUCAAGUACUACCGCGAUCCCGCAAAGCACCCGAAACGACAAUACAUCGGCGUCGUCUUCGACAAAGCCGACAAGCUGCCCUACCACCCACACGCCAUGCGCAAGCGUCGGCUCAACAUGGUCUCAGUCCCCCUCGUCGCACCGACCCCACAACCCGAGCUCUCCCCCUCCGGGAUCCCAACACAAGUCGUGCGCCAGGGUCUCGGGCGCAAACCGCACCCCCGCGACGAGCGCGUGAUGAAGCUACGAACGGACGGCAGCUACGCGUACGCGGAAGAGAGCUGGAGGCUGGGAACGCUGGUGCGCACGGAGAAGCGGAAGAUGGGGUCCCGAAGAGUGGCGAUGAGACAUCGACGACGCAAGGCGAAGGCUAUUGCGCUGGAGAUGCGCGCGGAGAGGGAAGAUAAGAUCGCGAGACGGAAGGAGGCGCUGGAUGCGCAGCGGAAGGCUAGGGCGAGGAAGAUGCGCGAGUAUAGGGAGAGGAAGAAGGCGGAGGCUGAGGCGAAGGAGGGUGCGGCUGGAGGUGGAGGUGGUGGUGCGGUGCCCCCGCCGCCGACGACGACGUCUGAGCCGCCGAGGGUGGAUGCUUAGGUUGAGGGGGUCGUUGGUAUGGCUUUCUGCGCUGAAUCCCUGCCUUGUGUUACCUUUGUGUGUCAUUGUUGCCCACAUAUCCAGACACGUAGCGCUGUUAUGGGAAACAGACAUAGGGGCUAUGCUUAGGACUUGUAUAAAAUGAAAUACUGUUACUCAUUCACGGCUUUUCGGGAUACAAGGCGAUUUGAUGCGUGGUGCUGGCUAUCUGGUAGAAUGGAAGGGAAGUCAGAGAUGACUUAUAUCUAGGCGUGAAACUAGAUCAUAUCUUGUAACUACUAUACAAUACCUCCAAGCGAAGAUUACCAUGCUAUAACUAAUUUUUUC